CAGAGAUUUAUUUGUCCCCUCUCUCUCUCUCACCUUCGAGAACAUCGACAAAAAGAUAAAGGGUGAAUAAUUAGCAGCUCCUUCUAGUUCCGGUGUCGGUGUGGGUGUUUGAAUCUGGUGAAGGAUGUCAAUUGUUCCAAUCAACCAGGGUGAUGCCAACGGCUCCAACCCCUUCGCUUCGUGGGGUCAAUUCGUGGAUUUUCCUCUCCCUCCUUCCAUCUCCGGCUUCUUCCCCGGCUUGGAAUUCGGAUUCGGAUUCGGAUCAUCCGUGAACACACGUGUGGACUGGAGGGAGACUCCCAGAGCGCACGUGUGGAAGCUGGUGCUUCCCGGCUUCUCCAACGAGGACGUGCUGGUUGAGCUCCAAGACGAGAGGGUGCUCCAAGUCAGCGUGGAGAGCGGCAACUUCGUCACGAGGUUUAAGGUCCCCGACAACGGUAACCUAGAACAACUCAAAGCCAACAUGCGUCACGGGGUUCUCGUUGUCACUGUUCCCAAGUUUCAUCAACCCACUACUACUGCCCCUGCCAAUAGGAAUGUCAGGGAAGUUGAAAUUGAAGGCACCGACUGAACCCAGUGACCAAAACGCUGUCUUUAAUCAUGUCUUGUUCGAUGGAACUGUGUUUUCUUAUAUGUUAUGCGUGCGAUACCCUACCCUGCUCUGUUUUAAGUCAGUUAAACCAAUUAAUGUAUAUUACUAGUAUGUAGAGUAUAUGUAUCUCUGUUUUAAAAUUGAUGGUUUAGUUUUGCUAAUUGUGUUGUAGUACGUACUUAAUAAUAUAUUGCAAAGCUUAUUUAAGGGAAAUUUGAGAUUCGCGAUCCUGA